GCGACGAAACGUGAAACCAGAGCGCGCCUCGGGGGCUCUAAACUUGAGAAGUAAACUGGAGGCAGUGAUCUAGACUGUGGGUUUUUGUCGCCGAAAGGAGCGGCCUUUAACCUAGCCCUAGAGGUAGGGCAAGGAAGACGCAGUUACCAUUAACUGUAACGCCAAUAUGGAUAUGAAAGAGGAGACAUGUGAGGCUGACAUAAAGACAAUGGAGUUAAUGUCUGUAAAUAUUAAGAAGGAGGACUGUGAAUGGGAGUCUAUCCACCCUAACAAGGAGAGUCCCAGCAUUAAGGAUGAAGAUUGUGAACUUGUAACUGCAGAUAUUAAAGAAGAGGCCAAGGAGACAUCUGUCAGCAUUGAGGCGCACACACCAAAAAGUAUGGAGAGUACUGAGCCCAAGGUGAGGUCUGACAAAAAGAGGACCAAGAAAAAGUCAUCAGUUAGAACUCGGGAUGACCAGCCAUCGUCUACACAGCAGUGUGGAGAAAGAAACAAACCUCAUUGCUGUCCUGAGUGUGACAAACAGUUCUGGUACAAGAGUGCUCUUCAGAAACACAGAAGAAUUCACACAGGAGAAAAGCCACAUUGCUGUACUGAAUGUGGCAAACGAUUCUCGCAAAUUAACCAUCUCAAGUGCCACAAAAGGAUUCACACAGGAGAAAAGCCACAUUGCUGUUCUGAAUGUGGCAAAGAAUUCUCCCAUUUUAGCAAUCUCCAGAACCACAAAAGGAUUCACACAGGUGAAAUGCCACAUUGCUGUUCUGAAUGUGGUAAACAAUUCUCACAUAUUAGCAACCUCCAGCGACACAAAAGGAUUCACACAGGAGAAAGGCCACAUUGUUGUUCCGAAUGUGGCAAACAAUUCUCGCAAAUUAGCAAUCUCCAGAGCCACAAAAGGAUUCACACAGGUGAAAAGCCAUAUUGCUGUUCUGAAUGUGGUAAACAAUUCUCACAUAUUAGCAAUCUCCAGAGCCACAAAAGGAUUCACACAAGAGAAAAGCCACAUUGCUGUUCUGAAUGUGGCAAACAAUUCUCUCAAAAGAGUGGUCUACAGAGACACAUUAGAAUUCACACUGGUGAGAAGCCGUAUUGCUGUAUUGAAUGCGAAAAGCAAUUCUCUGACAAGAGCCAUCUACGGAACCACACAAGAAUUCACACUGGAGAGAAGCCGUAUUGCUGUACUGAAUGUGGCAAGCAAUUUUUUGACAGGCGACGUCUUCAGAGUCACACAAGAAUUCACAUUGGAGAAAAGCCGUAUUGUUGUAAUUAAUGUGGAAAACAAUUCUCGCAAAUUAGCAAUCUCUAGAGACACAAAAUAAUUUACACAAAUGAAAAGCCACAUUUCUGUUCUGAAUGUGGCAAGCAAUUCUCACACAGGAGCCAUCUUGGGAGCCACAGGAGAAACAUUGUAUGGCUGAAAUUAAUGUGGGAAAGAAUUCUAUCACAAGAGUACUCUUCAGAAAUACAGCCGAAUUCACAAUGGAGAGAAGUAGUGGCUUACUACAGGGACAACUUUCCUGAUCCAAAAAUCCAAACAAACAAAUAUUCCAAAGAAAUUUUACAUUUAUUUACAACAUUUAUGAUACAAUUGGUUACCUUGUUGUUGUUUUUUUCCAAUUGGAGAACAGGCAAGUCAAGGGCCAUGCUCAGGGUCACACAGUGUCAGUAGCUGGAUUUGAACCCAGAAUUUGUCAGGGUUUCAUCUCCAAAUCCUUAAACACUAUGCCACACUGCCUGCUUUGUGGUCCAAUAGCCUGCUUCUCUAGCAUCUACAAAUUAUUCAUAGCAAUAGACGCAGAGUUAAAUGACAUACAUCUGAACCAUAGCAUCUUGAUGGCGGGAACAUAAAAAGGGAACAAGAGAAAGUCGUAUGGGACUAAAGACCAGCUACUACUGGACAAAGUGAUCAUGGAGUGCUGUAAAAGGCAGAAACCUUAGUGUGGCGUAGAUUGAUUAUCAAAAAGCAGUAUAUGACAGUGUUUGUCACUCUUGGAUCCUGAAAUGUCUACACCUUUACAAAGUCCACCCCAUUCUGGUAAGUUUCAUUUCAACUGCCAUGCCUCACUGGCAAACAGCCCUGCAACUUCACCAUAACAAAGGACGGAUCACUAUCCCAAACAUAAAAAUAACAAUUGCCCUUUAAACAUUACUCUUUGUAUCACAGCAGUAUGUUUUACAUGAAUGCAAUUUACUUUAAAUAAAACUAUUUUAUUAUAUAACUCA